CAUGGCGUCGUGGCCAUGCCGCCUCGCGAGUGGCCCGCGCGGCCGCCGUCGCCCGAGGAGCGUGCGGCAGCCGCCAGGGAGAAGUCGGCGGCCCUCGAACCUGCCUCGGACGUCCUACGGGCAGCAGGGCUCGACUUCGAGGCGGCCGCGCUCAAGAAAGCGGCCACGCGCCUGGCCAAGGACGCCGCGGGCGCCAAGCCGGGGGCCCACCUGGACUCGUGCAAGGAGUUCGUCACGCGCGCCGAGCGCCGGGCCGCGGAGCUGGCCACAGAGUUCGCGGAGGGGCAGCGGUGCCUCGAAGGACUGCAGGCGGGCUUCCCAGCAGAGGAUGGGCUUGCGCCAGGCGUCAUGGAGGACGUGCGCGUCCUGCUCGACGCCUUGGAGCAGAUGCCCUUGGCUGGCCACGUCGGCACGGGCCCUGGGCUGCUGGCAGCGGCCCUGCAGGCUUGCACAUCGCUGCGACAGCGCUAUCCCGCGCCUCCGGACGACCGUGGCCUGGAAGAGCGGGUUCACGGGCCACUGGAGCCGCCGACGCCAGGCGGCGAGGAGGAGCUGAUAGAGGAGCUCGACGAGGCCGAGGACGGCGCCAAGGCCCUCGCAGUUGCCAGGGGCCUCCAGCGGCACGGGCUGCUGGCGGCGGAGACGCUGGGAACCGCAGGUUGCUGGCAGCAGAG